AUGGAAACUAAUGGGGAUGAUUGCUAUAACAUUCUCUGGCAAAUGCUCAAGAACGAAAAAUGGUCGGAUCUGAAAAUUCAAACGGCGACUUACACUUUCAGUGUCCACAAAAGCGUCGUCUGCCCUGCCUGUCCAUUUUUUGAGGCUGCCUGCACCGGAGACUGGAAGGAAGCUGGCUCCGGGAUUAUCGAACUGCCCGAGUCUGAACGCACGGUUAGAAGCCUACUGGAGUGGUGCUACGGGGUUUUCAACACUGAUUACUUCACGUUGGCCAGUGGUAAAGAGGACACGCUGCGCUACUUCGAAUUGCUCGUGGCGGCUGACAAGUAUCAAAUGCCCGAUCUCAAAGACGAAGUGGAAAUCACGUUUGGAUUCGCAGGGACCGCUUCGGAUCUUGUGAAAGUUGCGCUCUGGGAAUGCCCUGAGUUAGCCAAAGAUCUCAUGCGGUACGUGGCGCAAGAGUCCUCUCGUGUCAAUAAGAGACGGAAGCUCAUCGAUCCGGAGCAUCUACGCAAGCCUGCAGAGGCCACCGACACCGACAUCGAGCCCGACGAGGACACCGACGACAGCGAUGAUUGA